CCACAUGUAUAUUUAAAUGAUUUAAAUACAAAAGAAAACAAAAAUCGCGGAGAGAGGAGGAGGAGGAGAAGAAGAAGAGUUGAAUCAUCAUCCAUCAUCACUGUCAUCUUCUUCGUUCGCGCGUCGAAAUAAUCAAAAGAAUAAUUGAUAGAUCCAGCUCAACUAAGACUUCACACUCUACCCAAUCUUUUCUAUUCUCCAUAAUUUUAGCUUUGGAUUUCUUCUGAGAUUCAUUCACCCUUCCUAAUCUCUUUUCCGAUCUGAGACAAAGUAUUAGAUUCACACUUACAGAUAGAUGCCGGGAAAUUCAGCUUCUCCAGGUCUCCGGGGGGUUUCAGGAGGAGGUUGCAGACAUUCAUUGCUUACUAUAGUAUGGACCGUUGUGGGAUUCUUCCUCCUCGCUCAUCUCAUCUCGCUCUACUCCAGAAAAGACAAUAACAACAUUGAUGAUCAACAACAACAAGAAGCUCCUUCUUCUCAUCGCUUACAACUACUACACCCUCCUGCUCUCCACCAACUCGUUAGAGUCGAAGAAGAGGUCUUGAAUUUACCUCCCCACCCUAGGAAGCGUUCUCCUCGUACACCAGGUAAACGGAGAUCAAGAAAACCCAUCCCUCUCGUCGAUGAGUUUCUCGACGACAAGUCUCCCAUCCGCCAUCUUUUCUUCCCCGACAUCAAAACCUCCUCCUUUGGUCCGACCAAGCACAUGGAAGAUGCGUUUCAUUACUUCCCCGGGAAGAUCUGGUUGGACACCGAAGGAAACCCCAUUCAAGCUCACGGCGGAGGGAUUCUCCACGACGAUAAAUCCAACACGUACUAUUGGUACGGUGAAUAUAAAGAUGGACCGACCUACCAUGCUCACAAGAAAGGACCUGCUAGAGUUGAUAUCAUAGGGGUAGGUUGUUACUCUUCCAAAGACUUAUGGACAUGGAGAAACGAAGGCAUUGUACUCAGAGCCGAAGAAACAAACAAGACCCAUGAUCUCCAUAAAUCCAACGUUCUCGAGCGUCCCAAAGUGAUCUACAACGACAAGACUGGCAAGUACGUGAUGUGGAUGCACAUCGACGAUGCUAACUACACCAAAGCUUCGGUUGGUGUAGCCAUCAGCGAUACCCCAACAGGUCCAUUCGUGUAUCUAUACAGCAAACGUCCGCACGGGUUCGAUAGUCGUGACAUGACCGUCUUUAAAGACGACCAAGACGGUGUUGCUUACCUGUUUUACUCUUCCGAAGUCAACAGCGUGCUUCACAUCGGACCCUUGACCGAAGACUACCUAGACGUGACGCCGGUUAUGAAGAGAGUCAUGGUUGGACAGCACAGGGAAGCUCCGGCUGUUUUCAAGCACGAGGGUACUUAUUACAUGAUCACUUCUUGGUGCACUGGGUGGGCGCCAAACGAGGCUCUGGCUCAUGCGGCUGAGUCGAUAAUGGGUCCGUGGGAGAAGCUGGGGAACCCAUGCGUUGGUGGUAAUAAAGUUUUCCGGUUAACGACGUUCUUUGCGCAGAGCACGUAUGUGAUUCCUUUGCCUGGUGUUCCCGGUGCGUUUAUCUUCAUGGCGGAUAGGUGGAAUCCUGCUGAUUUGAGGGAUUCGAGAUACGUGUGGUUACCGUUGGUGAUAGGAGGACCGGCUGAUCAGCCUCUGGAGUCAAGUUUUGGGUUUCCGAUGUGGUCGAGGGUGUCUAUAUAUUGGCACAGUAAAUGGCGUCUACCUUAGAACAACAAGCAGACAACUAAACAUGUGAUUCUUACCCAUCUCUCUGUGCUGAUUUAUUUUGUAGGUUAGGCCAUUUGCAUACAAACCAUUGUGAGGAUUAUUAUAUAAUGAUUUCUAAAAAAAAGUUUUUACUCA